AUGGAAACCGAAUUCCUGUCGACGGUCCUGUUUCGGGGCGUGGACUACUUCGAGGUGACGGUGGUGUGCAACCAGCCGGGGUCCGUAUCGCCGUAUGCGGUGGGCGUCUCCCAGGCCUUUAGUAGCUGCAGCCUAUUCGUGGCCCUCUCCAGCCCCUCACACCCCUUCUUCCUACACAACAAGUUCCCCAGCACAACAUUCUGGAGCCGAAAUCACAGGGAGGUGACCGAGGGCGAGGUGAUCGGCUGUGGUGUUGACUGGGAUAGCGACCAGGUGUUCUUCGUGCGUAACCCCACGCGUGACGAGCCCCACACCACCGACGUGUUCCUGUGCGAAUGCAAGCUGGACCGGAAGGAUAUCUACCCCGCAGUCGGUGGUGGUGGUGGGGGUUGCGAUGUGCCGACGAUCAACUUUGGCGAGUCGAAGCCUUUCCUGUUCGACGUCAAGACGUUCAUCGAGAAGAAGCGUGCUGGCCUGUUGGCAACCCUUCCUCACCUGCGCGGCACCGGUCAGUGGCCUUCACCCUCGAACACUUCAUAA